AUGCACACCCUCAUCCCCACCACACUGCUGGUUCUGGUCGUGGUCGCCGCGGCAGCAACCGCUGCCGACCCGCCUCCGCCGCCCUGGGCAACUGCCUGGGAGGUGGCGUUCCGGGCAGAGCCGACUCCUGACGGCUGUCGCGAGGCGCUGCGGACAUACACCGCGCGCCCGCACUCGGCUGGCACCACGCGCGAGCAGGAGCUGGCCGAGUUUACCCGCGAUGAGAUGCGGGCUGCAGGGCUAGAGGCCGAGAUCUUCACCUCGGACGCCGUCAUCACCGUUCCGGUCUCACAGAGCCUCCGCGUCGUCUCACCGCAGCCGUACGAGGCCAAGCUGGUGGAGCCGGCCAUUCCGGGCAUUGCCUCGACCAACGAGACCGGCAUCCUCCCGGCGUUCAACGGGUACUCGCCGGCGGGCAACGUCGAGGGCGAGCUGGUGUAUGUCAACUUUGCUCUCGCCGAGGACUUUGUGGCUCUGGCCGAGCAGGGCGUCUCUACCGACGGCAAGAUCUGCAUCGCCCGCUACGGCGAGCUCUUCCGCGGGACCAAGGCACAGCUCGCGUCCGACAACGGGUGCAAGGCGCUUGUCCUCUACUCGGAUCCGCAGCAGGACGGCUAUGUUCGUGGCCCAGUCUUCCCCGACGGCCCGUGGCGGCCCGAGUACUCGCUCCAGCGCGGGAGUGUACAGUAUCUCAACAUCUGCCCAGGCGAUCCGCGCAGGCUGGAGACGUGCCUCGGCCCGGGCGCCGGCGACGGUCCAUUCCAAGGCAAGCUUACUCCCGACAUCCCGGUCCUCCCGAUCUCGUACGGUGACGCGCGGCACUUUCUGAGCCAGCUCGCUGGGCUCUCGGUCGACGUCUUUGGCGGUGGCUGGCAAGGUGGGCUCAACUUUACGUACCAUGUCGGCUCGCCCAGCGCGCCGGUCACCGUCGCGCUCGCUGUCGACGUCGCCUGGGACGUCCGGCCCAUGCCGUCGGUCAUCGGCGAGCUCCGCGGCUCUGGGCCCGAGGCCGACUCGGUCAUCCUGCUCUCGAACCACCGUGAUGCAUGGGUCUUUGGUGGCGUUGACCCCAACUCGGGCUCGGCCGUCAUGCUCGAGGUUGCUCGUGCGUUCGGCAAGCUCGCCGCCGACGGCUGGCGCCCGCUCCGUACCAUCCGCUUCGGCUCGUGGGGCGGCGAAGAGUACGGCCUCCUCGGCUCGGUUGCCUACGCCGAGUCGCUCACUCCCGCGGAACGCGCUAACAUGGUUGCUGUCCUCAAUCUCGACACCGCAGUCUCUGGCCCGCAGUUUGGUGCGUCGGCGACGCCGUCACUCGAGUCGGUCGUCUCCUCGGUUCUGCGUGUGGUCGACCACCCCGGCGAGGCCAAGCCUGUCGCCGACACCUGGUCAAACCAGUACGGUGUCCUCGGCUCCGGAAGUGACUACACUGCGUUCCUGCAGCACUUUGGCGUGCCGGCGAGUGACCUUGGGUUCUCCGGCAAGUACGGCGUCUACCACUCCGCCUACGACUGCUUCGAGUGGAUGGAGAUGUUUGGCGAUCCGGACUUUGAGCUCCACAAGACCAUGGCGGAGAUCUUUGGCCUUCUCGCCAUGCGCAUGGCGAGUCAACAAAUCAUCCCGUUCAACCUCACCACCUACGCGGACCGCCUCCCGUCGUACGUCGACUCGGUAGUCGACUAUGCCCGGGUCCGCGGCGUCGACGAACGCCUCGACUUUACCUCGCUCCGCACCGCGCUCGACACCUUUGCCACCGGAUCAGCCACCCUCAUGGCCGAGCUCGAUGCACUCGCCACCCUUGGCGAUGCUGCUCCGCCGCCCCGCCUUGCCGCCCUCAACAACAAGCUUCGCCUCUUGGAGAGAGAGUUUGUCAUUCCCGAGGGCAUCCCGGGCCGCCCCUACUACCGUCACGCCAUCCAAGCGCCCGGCCUGGUCCUCGGCUACGGCGCCGACGUCUUUGCCGGCGUCCACGACUCGAUCUACCGCGGCCAAGUGGAUGUGGCGCAGGCCCAGAUCGAGCUUGCCGCUCGCAAGGUCACCGCCACCGCCACGUUCAUGGACCCGUCGCUCACGCCGCCGUCGGACCACGGCCGCGGCGUCUCGUCCGAGAACAAGACCGCCGCCAUAGUCCUUGGCUCGUUGCUCGGCGUCGGCAUCUUUGUUGCCACCGGCUUCUUCGUCUACAAGCGACUCUACCUCCCGCGCUUUGGUCGCCAGCCGUACGUCGAUCUCGACGACAUGGGCAUGGACCCGGGGUUGGGCGCCGCUUGA